UUUAACUAAAAAUUUCAGGGGCCAUUCUGUGGAGGUUUGAUGAUACAAUGAGGGCUGUCAGAGAAGACUCUUACCUAGAGCACCUUUAAAUGGGUUCAUUAGUAAGACAAAGGACAAGGGUUGUCUUUUGUUACUGAGAAAUGUAGUGUCAGAAUCCGACUUUCUUCCUCCAAAUGAAGAUAAAUUCCUGUUCAGAUAGCAAUAAACAGAAAGCACUGAGUUUAGGCAAUGACUCAGUUGCUAUGUAGAGCUACUGCAGUAAGUGAGAGAGAGAGAGAGAGAGAGAGAGAGAGAGAGAGAGAGAGCACACUGUGGGAGAGAGUACAAGGGAGAGAGGGAGCACUUUGCCAAGCUCACUGUGCAACUGCGUAUGUCUGAGCUGCUUGCGAGUGUGAUUUGCUGCUCUACUCUAGGAUGCUGUUUCUGUCUCCCCUCCUCUCUCACAGCCCAUCUCUCAAUCUUCCUCAACAGCACUGCACUCUGCUCUGAAGAUGACUUCCCUGAAUGCAUCCAGACACAUAAACCCAUCUUACUGCCUAUGGACAUCCAAGAAGCCACACCACUGGGCAUCUUUCCUGAGGACCUACCCUCUCUGAAGUGGAACCUCAGUCACUAGUCUUGGCAAGGCAAGAACCGCACUCCUUUUAGAUCAACAGCAGCACAAGAGAAAAAAAACCUUAUCAGCUCCAUAGCUGCACCAAGAAAUAUAUUUGAAGUGCAGUGGUAUGCAUUCUUGCUUAUGAAGAUGGAGCAGGAGAUCUCUAAAGUGCAGAGGACAAUGUCUGACCUGGAGUCAGUCCUCCAGCAGAAGGAUGUUGAGCUGAAAGCCUCUGAGACCCAGCGAAGCAUCUUGGAGCAGGACCUGGCUACCUACAUCACAGAGUGCAGCAGUUUGAAGCGCAGUUUGGAGCAGGCUCGUAUGGAGGUCUCUCAGGAGGACGAUAAAGCUCUGCAGCUGCUCCACAACAUCCGUGAGCAGAGCAAUAAACUGCAGGAGAUUAAAGAACAGGAGUAUCAUGCUCAGCUGGAAGAGAUGCGGGUGUCCAUCCGUCAGUUGGAGGAGAACCUCUCUGCCGCUCGGCGUCGCAGCGACUUAUACGAGUCCGAGUUAAAGGAGUCACGCCAGACUAGUGAGGAGCUGAAAAGGAAGGCAGCAGACUACCAACAGAAGAUCCAGAAGGCCAAAGAACAAGGCAAGGCUGAGAUGGAGGAGCUCCUUAUUAAACUGCAGAAGACCAAUGAAGAGCAACAAGGAAAGAUUGAGGAGCUUCAGGACAAGCUAGACAAGGCAGUGAAAGCGAGUACUGAGGCCACAGAGCUGUUGCAGAAUGUUCGUCAGGCUAAAGAGCGCCUGGAGCAUGAUAUGACACGACUGCAGACCAGAGAGGACUCCACUGACAGCCUGCGCAGACGCUUGCGUGAAACAGAGUUGUGUGUGAUGGAGCAGGAUGGCAGAAAGACCCUCGAGAAUCAAGUAAAGAGGCUGGAGAUUGUGGAGCGCAGGGAGAGCAAACUAAAAGAGGAUAUCCAGACCAAAUCACAGCAGAUACAACAGAUGGCUGAUAAAAUCAUGGAAUUGGAGGAGAACUUGCGUGAAACGCAAGCCACAGCCCAGCGCAUGGAGACUCAUCUGGAGCAGAAAGAGAAACUGUAUGAGGAUAAGAUCAAGGUUUUGGAGACCCAGAUGAAGGUAGACUUGGCUGAUAAAGAGCUCCUGGAAUCGAAACAGGACAUAUAUGAGGAGGAAGCUCGGGAGAAAUGCAAAUUGAUCAGUGAACAGGCAGCGACUAUCAGUGCUAUGGAGUCGAAGAUGACCAGCUUGGAGCAGAGGAUUGCUGAGCUCUCUGAGGCCAACAAACUGGCAGCCAACAGCAGUAUCUACACUCAGAAGAACAUGAAAGCCCAGGAGGAAAUGAUCUCUGAACUGAGGCAGCAAAAAUUCUACCUGGAGUCUCAGGCAGGCAAACUGGAGGCCCAGAAUGCUAAGCUAGAGGAGCAUCUGGAGAAAAUGAGUCAACAAGAACAAACCAACAAGAGCCGUGUGCUGGAGCUGGAGGCCAGACUCAGAGAGAUCGGCCUGGAACAUGAGGAGCAGAAGCUGGAUUUAAAGCGGCAAGUGUCAGAGCUGACACUGUCAUUACAGGAGAGAGAGUCUCAGAUCAGCAGCCUGCAGGCUACACGCCAUGCCUUGGAAAGCCAGUUACAGCAGGCCAAAACUGAGCUAGAGGAGACCACUGCUGAGGCAGAGGAGGAAAUCACUGUUCUCCGGGCUCACCGGGAUGAAAUCCAACGAAAGUUUGAUGCCCUGAGGGACAGCUGCGCGGUGAUCACUGACCUGGAGGAGCAGUUGACUCAGCUGACACAGGAAAAUGCAGAGUUAAACAGGCAGAACUUCUACCUUUCCAAGCAGCUGGAUGAAGCCACUGACGAGAAUGAGGAGAGACUGCAGCUUAGCCAAGAGGUGGAUCGCCUGCGCAGAGAAGUGGCUGACAGAGAGAUGCACCUCAACAACCAGAAACAAAACAUAGAGACCCUGAAGACGACAUGUACCAUGCUGGAAGAGCAGGUGCUAGAGCUGGAGACUCUGAAUGACGAGCUAUUGGAGAAGGAGAGGCAGUGGGAGAGCUGGAGGACGGCACUGGAGGAAGAGAAGAACCAGGCUGAACGCAGGGCUCGAGAAAUACAGAGACAGCUGGACAAUGAAAAACAGAAUAGGUUGCGUGCUGACCAGCGCAGCUCUGAGUCUCGUCAGGCUGUUGAGCUGGCAGUAAAGGAACACAAGGCUGAGAUCCUGGUGCUGCAGCAGGCCUUGAAGGACCAGAAACUGAAAGCAGAAGGCCUCUCUGAUACACUGAGUGACCUGGAAAAGAAACACUCCAUGCUGGAGAUGAAUGCACGCAGCCUGCAGCAGAAACUGGAGACUGAGCGAGAGCUUAAACAGAGGCUGGUGGAUGAGCAAGCAAAGCUACAGCAGCAGCUGGACAUGCAAAAGAGUCAUAUUUUCAGAUUGACGCAGGGCCUGCAGGAUGCUUUGGACCAGACCGACCUACUGAAGACUGAGAGAACAGACCUGGAGUAUCAGCUAGAAAACAUACAGGCAGCAUAUUCACAUGAGAAGGUGAAGAUGGAGGGCACCAUCACCCAGCAGACCAAGCUUAUAGACUUCCUGCAGGCCAAGGUAGACCAUCCCUCUAAGAAGAAAAAGGGCAUCUUCGGUGGCAGGCGUCGGGAGGACCUGCUGGCAGCGCUGGCAGCCCAGGGUCAGACCCAGACAGCCUCUGUGCCUGUUGUGACCCCUGUGCCCCUGCAGUACAGUGAUAUGAAGGCAGCGCUGGAUAAAGAGCGUGCCCGCUGCUCUGAGCUGGAGGAGGCCCUCCAAAAGACACGCAUGGAACUUAGAGAGGCCAUGCAGUUUAAUAAAGCACUGGAACAUGGUGGUACCCCUGCCACUCCUGGUCUGGCCCGGCAGCAGCUCAUGAUGUCAACUAAGUCUACCAAAUCCCCUGAACACCAGCCCAACCCUUCCAGCCUGGCACAAUCCAAUUCCAGCCGCAGGAAGGAGACAGCCACCUCUGACGAAAUAAGGAGAGCCACUUCUGAAAAAUAUGUGCGACGUGUAAAGGAGAGGCUUCAUCACAGUACUCAUGGUAGCCACAGCACCCCACACCGGUUCACCCAGGGUCUCAACAUGAGGGCAGCCAAGUGUACUGUAUGCCUAGACACCGUCCAUUUCGCCCGGCAGGCGGCUACCUGCAUUGAAUGCCAUGCUUUGUGCCACCCAAAAUGCUCCCCCUACCUUCCAGCCACAUGUGGUGUGCCCACCGAAUACGCCCUUCACCUAUCUGAGGCUCUGUGCAGGGAGAAGAGCAGCAACUCGGGCCUACAGCUCAAAGACUCCAGUGGACACAUGAGGCUGGAGGGCUGGAUGAAACAGCCCAGGAAUGGGAAGCGUGGUCAGGGCUGGGAGAGGAAGUAUGUGGUGCUGGAAGGGAACAAGGUUCUUACCUAUGAGACCGAGCCCAGAGAAGAGUCGGUGAAGCCAGUCGAUGAGUUUGAUCUGUAUAUAUCCGAUGGCGAAGUGAUUGUGCACAGUGCUGUGGGUGGCUCAGAGCUCACCAACACUGCAAAGUCUGAUGUGCCAUUUGUUCUGAAGCUUGAGUUGCUUCCCCAUACAUCCUGCUGGCCAGCACAGACGCUUUACCUCAUGAGCUCAAGCUUUGCAGAGAAGCAGCGGUGGGUGGCAGUUUUGGAGGCCAUCGUGGCAAGUGCCCGUGGUGCCCGUGAGAAAGCAGAGGCAGAUGCAAAGCUGCUGGGAAAUUCUCUGUUGAAGCUGGAGGGAGAUGACAGACUGGACAUCAACUGCACACUCCCCCUCACUGACCAGAUUGUGUUAGUGGGUUCAGAGGAAGGUCUGUAUGCACUGAACGUUAUAAAGAACUCGCUGACUCACAUUCCAGGCUUGGGCUCUGUGUUUCAAAUCUAUAUUAUCAAAGAGCAAGACAAGCUGCUCAUGAUUGUGGGUGAUGAGAGGGCACUGUGCCUGGUGGAGAUCAAGAAGGUGAAGCAGUCACUCUCUCAGUCCCACCUCCCAACCUUGCCCGAAAUUGUCCCUUACAUUUUUGAAACUGUCAAGGGUUGUCACCUUUUUGCUGCAGGAAGGAUAGAAAAUGGUUCCUGCAUUUGUGCAGCAAUGCCCAAUAAAGUCACGAUUUUGCGCUACAACGACAAUCUGAGCAAAUUUUGCAUUCGCAAGGAGAUUGAGACCUUAGAACCCUGUAGCUGUAUUUACUUCACCAACUACAGCAUCAUCAUUGGCACCAACAAGUUCUAUGAGAUUGAGAUGAAGCAAUACGUGCUGGAGGAGUUCCUAGACAAGAAUGACGUGUCGCUGGCUUCAGCAAUGUUUACCACGUCCUCCUACAGCUUCCCCAUUGCCAUCAUGCAGGUGUCGAGUGCAGCUCAGAAAGAGGAGUACCUGCUCUGUUUCCAUGAGUUUGGAGUGUUUGUGGAUGCCUAUGGCCGAAGAAGCCGCACAGAUGAGCUCAAAUGGAGUCGUCUACCUCUGACAUUUGCCUUCAGAGAGCCAUACCUGUUUGUGACUUACUUCAACUCGCUGGACGUUAUUGAGCUUCAGGGUCAUGCUGCUCUUGGGCCUCCUGCACUUGUUCACUUGGAUGUCCCUAACCCACGCUACCUAGGCCCGGCCAUCUCAUCAGGUGCCAUUUACCUGGCCUCAUCUUACCAAAACAAACUGAGAGUGAUCUGUUGCAAGGGCCAUGUUGUGCGAGAGUCGGGAGAAUUGCAGAGGACAGGUUCUAACAGGAGCUUUGACCUCUGCAGCAGCCCAAACAAGCGCGGGCCACCCACUUAUAAUGAGCACAUUUCAAAGCGGCUAGCCUCAAGCCCUGGAGCUCAAGAUAGUGUUGUGCACCGGGACCCUAGCACACCACACCGUUACCGUGAGGGCCGCACUGAGUUCCGCAGGGACAAGUCACCAGCUCGGCCACUGGACCGUGAGAAGUCCCCAGGGCGUGCUGUGAUCGAUGCACGCAGAGAGAGAUCACCAGGUCGACCACUGGAUGAGCGUGAGAGAGAGCGUGAGCGCACACGCCUGCACACAAGCUCAGUCCGCACUCAACUCACACCAGUUAACAAGGUGUGGGACCAGUCUUCAGUGUGACCACGCCCCCUGGACAGCUGAAGUUUAAGAGCCAUCGUCCAGUCCCAGCAUGGAUGGACAUGCCAUUUUACAGGCACCUGUUUUAAUACAACUAUUCCAUCGUGCCAUUGCGUGCUGUGAGCAGAACCACAUCAUAUUUAUAUUUUUGGAUUUAGCUGUUGUCCAAAUUUACACGUUUUGCUCACAUAUAUAGAAUAUAUGAGGAAGGCAACUGAUUAGUGGAAGAUUGUAAGUGAUAUAUUAAUAUACAUUAUACAUACAUAUAUACCAAAUACAGUGGAUAUAAAAAGUCUACACACCCUUGUUAAAAUAGCAAGUUUUUGUGAUGAAAACAAUUAAACCAAGAAAACUCAUAUCAGAACUUUUUCCACCCUCAAUGUGAAAUUAAAACAUAUAAAAAUGAAGUGAAAAACAAUCAGAAACAUUUUAGGGAAAGAUACAAAAAAUAAAAAAGUUACAAUAACCUUGCAUAAAUUUGCCCAUCCUUUUAUAAUUGGGGAUGUGGCUGUGUUCAGAAUGAACCAAUCACAUUCAAUCUCAUGUUCGAAAGUAAUAACCAUACAGCUAUCCUCAAUGAAAUUAUUCUGAUUAUUGCUGAAACCAUGGUCCACAAAGUGCUUACAAAGCCUGUAUGGCAUCUCACUUGUUGAAAGAUGUUGAUCAGCAGAGGGGUAUAAAAGAAUUUCCAAAAUAUUAGAUGAACCAUGGAACACCAUGAAGGCCAUCAUCAACAAGUGGAGAAGAUGGAACACUGAAGUGACAUUACCAAGACUUGGAGAUCCCUCCAAAUUUUUCAAAAAGACAAGAAAAAAAGGCUGCCAAAGGAAGUUGCCGAGAGACCUAUGGCAACAUUAAAGGAGCUACAGGAAUAUCUGACAAGUACUCACCCUCUGCAUUUGACAACAAUCUCUUGUGUACUUCAUAUGUCUGGGCUAUGUCUGGGGUAGGGUGGCUAGACAGAAGCCCUUUCUCAUAAAAAACAUCCAAGCCCAAAUAAAUCACCCUAAACCAUGUGGCAAAAUGUGUUAUGGUCUGACAAGAACAAUUCCAAAAGGUAUAAUAAUUCCAAAAGAUAUGUUUGGCACAAAAAACACAUCAACAAAAAAAACACCAUACCCAAGGUGAAGCAUGGUGGUGGCAGCAUCAUGCUUUACAGCUGCUUUUCUUCAGCCAGAGGGAAUCAUGAAUAGCUACAAAUACCAGUCAAUUUUAGUGUAAAACAUCAGGCAUCUGGUAGUAAGCUGAAGAAGAAAAGGAAUUUUACCUUUCAGCAUAACAAUGACCCAAAGCAUACAUCCAGAUCAACAAAGGAAUAACUUAACCAAAAGAUCAAUGUAUCUGAAUGGCCUAGCCAGAGCAUCCAGCUCUGCAUCCAACUAAAAAUCUUUGGGGUGACCUGAAGCAAGCUAUGCACAGGAGAUGCUCUCACAAUUUGACUGCUCUAGAAUUUUUUUGGAAGAAAGAGUGGAAAAAUAUUGCUAAGUCAAGAUGUGCCACACUGACAAAAAUACUGAGUGGUGUAAUAAAAUCAAAAGGUGCUUCAACAAAGUAUUAGUUUAGGGGUGUGUACACCUGUGCAACUAGGUUAUUGCAAGUUUUUUUUUUUUAACCUAAAAAAAUUUUCUGAUUGUUUUUCACUUUAUUUGUAUACUUUGCAAUUUCACAUUAAAGGUGGGAAAUGUUCUAACAUGAUUUAUCUUAGUUUCAUUUUUCUACAUUUUAACAGGGGUGUGUGUAGACUUUUUAUAUCCAUUGUACAUAGCACGUCCUCACUGUAAAUAUGUGGCCAGCUUUUAUAGUUUAAAGUUAUGAGAGUUGAAUGACAUAGCCAGGUCUAUUUUUUAAAGAUAAAAAAGUGUUUGUAUAAAGUUAAGACAAAGAUUUCUUACAGAAACGCUUAGGUUUUCACUUUUACAUAUCUGCUGUAGUGGACAUAAAGCAUCAAGCUGGCUGCUUUUCUGAUAUUGUCUGUCAAGCUUUUGUUCACAAUUUUGUAAGAGCUGACAGACAGAACUACUUAUUAGGCAUGUGCUGAUAAUUGGUUUUUUACCUUGCUCCUCACAAACCUAUGAAGGAUACUUUUUUGUAGCUGCAUACACAUCAAGAAUCUUAUACCAACAAUAGUUAUGACCGUGACCUUUGUGUGACACCUUCUAUAGGCCUUUAAAAGUGGGGUGAUGACAGGCAGAACUAAUCUUCUCAUCCUUGCAUUAGAAACAGACAUACAUACAUUUUCUGCAUACAUACAGAAGAAUUGUGAAGACAGAGCUUGAAAUAUCACAGUCUGCCAAAAUCUGUAGCAGGUUUGUUUCAUCGUAAUUCAUUCCCAACGAACCAUGGUAUUGGUCUUUUGUGCCUUCUGUUAGGCUACUGUGUGAAUUUGUUAUUCAGGUGGCUUUCUGACAAAGUUUGACAUGACUGUUUAAGUGUGGUUUAACACACUGCAGUUUAUUUAAAAAACACUAAAUUUGUUGCUCAGUGAACAGUGUGUGACCAAAAAUUUUUAUUUUAUUUAUUUAUAAUUUUUAUAAUUUGGCUAAAUAUGUAACAUUGUAUCUGUUGUAAGAAGAAAAUGAUGAGGACAUUGAAGAUCACAGUGAAGAAUAACUUUAUUGCAGCGUAGCAGUGACAAAGUACACAAAGGACUUCCGGGUCAUCGGAGUCAAAAUGAACCACGAACAGUAUCAGCUCUGACAUUUUAUACUGUUUUUCAGACCAGUUUUUCCCACCCGUAAUGUAAAUUAAUUCUCGCUCUAAAUGUAAAUUAAGGAUAACAGUUGAUCACUUUCUGUUCUCACAUUAUUGAUUUAGUUACAGGUGUGACCACCCAAAUGGUGGGGUUAUAUGAUUGUCUAGACAGAUGUCUUUCUGAAUGAUAAUUAUGGUCAUGUACCACUUUGUUCAGGGAUGGUUCUUGAUGUCCCUCUGUCUUUCCCAUGCUAAAAUUGAUUGAAUGUCACUUCAGGUGUUAUUAUCCACAUAUUGCUGAGACCCAGAUGAAUAGUCCCUAUAGAUAAUUAAGCCUUUUUGGGGCUUUUUAUGUAUGCCUGGCUGCGCCUACUUCUUCUUCUUAUUAUUAUUAUUAUUUAGGGGGCCAAGCACCGAAUAGGUGCUAACAAUAGGUGCGUAGGCAUCCUAUUGUUAUUCUACCUUUAUUUAUUAUUAAAGUAAAAACAUAUUAUUAUUAUUAUUAUUUUUCUGGCUAUGGUCUGGUAAAAGUUGUGAAAUUUGGCACACAGAUUGGGGAGUGUCUACGGAACAUUCUGACCAUGUUUUGGGCCAAGUGCUGCCAACACUGUAGCGUCAAAUUUGGGCCUAAUUGUUUGUAUGUUUAUGGGCACAACUUUUGAACCAUGUGUCCAAAAUUUGGCAUUCCUGGAUUCGCUGGGUUGAGACAAGUUCAACGCACCCUAUAAUGUCAAUUUCUGCCUAAUGAGAUUUUCCACCAUCUUGGAUUUUGUCAAAAACUUUUUUCGCUACUCCUUCUACAAAUUUUGUCCUAUGAUCACCAAAUUUGGCAAACAUCAUCUUCAGAGUAAGUAAGCUUCACAAAAAUUAUUAACAGAAUUUUGAAUGCUUCAAACGGUUUCCCCGUAAGGGGCCAAUAAAUCUGGCAGCGGAGCUGCCAAACAGGAAGUGAGGCUGUAUCUCAGCAAGAAUUUUACGCACUGAUAUAAAACUUGGUAGGCAUCUUCAGGACUAUGACCUGAGGCUAUGCAACAAAUCUGCCACCUUGUGGUCAAGAACUGUAACAACUUUUUUUCCUUAUAUCCUUUGAAGAGUUUGUGCUAAAUUCAGUUCUUAAUUUCCCUAUAAUUCUCUGGAGUUUGCUGAAGUGAAUGCACACCAACGUCUGAAAUUCAAGUGUACUUCCUGUCCACCAUCUUGGAUUUUGUCAAAAACUGUUUUUUCGCUACUCCUACAAAAUUACGUCCAGUCAACACCAAAUUUGGCAUGCAUCAUAUUCAGACCAACCUGGACAAAAAAUAUCAAAAUGUUUUGCCCGUAAUGUGCCAACAAAUCUGACGGCAAAGAUGUCAAACAGGAAGUGAGGCUGUAUCUCAGCAACGACCUUGCACACUGACACAAAUCUCGGUAGUCAUCUUCAGGAUCAUGCCCUGAGGCUAUGCAAUAAAUUUCGUGACAUUGCCACUUACUGGUCAAAAGUUACAAUAACAUGCCGAAAAUCUAAGUGCCAUUUUUGCUACUCCUCCUCCAAAUUUUGUCCAAUUUUCACCAAAUUUGGCUCACAUCGUCUUGAGACCUGUCUUAACAAAAAUUAUCAAAGGAACUCUGAUAUGUAGAACUGUUCUCCCAUAAUGGACUGGCAAAUCCAUGAAAUUACAAAUCACUCUGGAAUUCCUUUGCCUAGAGUUGGCUCUUCUUUCCUGUGAUUUCUUGUGCAAUUGUAGUGCAUCUGUGAAUGUGAGGCUCACCGAGUCUGGAUGCUUGGCCCCCGAAAAUGCUGCUUGCAGCUUUAAUAAUAAUAAUGAUGAUAAUAAUUGUAAUAAUAAUAAUAUUAAUAAUAAUUAUUAUUAUUAUUAUUAAUUACUCAAAUGUUGAGCAGCUAAAGGACUUGGUGGUAGCCUUGAACAAAGACUGCCCAAUGAGAGUUCAAGUAAAUUAUAUAAAUAGCCCCAAUUUGUGUUGAUAAUGGGAAUUGGAUUGCAUUGUCCACUGCAGGCCAUCCUACAGGCUGCCCUUUCAAGGUUAGGCUGUGAUGACCCUCAAACCUUGGCCCAAGGAAAUGUCAUCAAAGGUUUCAUACAUGUGCCCCCAGGAUGCACAGUUUUUCAUUCUAACAUCUGAUGACUGGCUGAGUUACAGAAGUGCUGGGCCAACCCCAGUUCCUAAGAUGAGAUCUCAUUUGUAGUGAUCUCAGGGCUGCUGUGGGCAUGUUUUGUAAAUAAAGAUUUUUUUUAAAAAAAAAAAGUGUAUCCGAGAACCCUUAAAUCGGAGUAAAUGACGUUAUAUCAGACAGAUAUAAUGUUCCCCUCGUAUCAAGCAUUAAAAAAAGUUGUAGCAUAAUAUGCUUGAGUCAAUUCAAAGGCAGUUUAAUGCCUUGAGGUUGCACCAGAGGUGGAACCAUUACAAAACCUGUGUGUUGCACAGUUGAUCUAUGUGCCCUUGCUGUGUUGAUCAUUACAGACAAUACUUGUGCUGUCUCAGUAAAUCCACACAUGGGCUCAUUCCCAGUUUGCAUCCAUUAGGGUUGGUGCAUCUCACAAGUGCCCAGAAUAGGGUGCCAGAUGUUCUAUCCCUGCAGAGAAAUGUCACCAUCCCAAGGUUGGUGUCAAGAAUGAUCAAAAAUUUUUCCUUUUUGUAUACAAGUCCAUACCUUGCCUGCUCUGCUUUUUUAUGACAGGCCUCACUUUAGCAUAUGACUGACCAAAAGGACUGCUGUGCCUUUUCACUAUGACCCCUGAUCAAGGGAACCACCAGCAGAGUUCAUCUAGGCAGCCAGAAUCUCCUCCUUGUGGCCCCCUGAUGGCCCAUUGUUCCCCGUCCUAAAUGUCACAGCUGUUCUCAAAGGAGAACAAGAUAUGUUGCACAGGCUUUAAGACUAAAUGAGAGGCCAAUUAUUUGGUUAAAAAAAAAAAAAAAAAAAAACUUACUAAUGUCUAUAUUAUUCAUCACUCUUGGUGAAAGUCAGUAUUUUAGCAAAUAAAAAUAUCAAAUAUCUGCAAUAUCAUGCUGUUCAUUAAUUUAAUGCAAACUGUUUUCGGUGUAAAUAAAUGGUAAAUAUAAAAUUGUUUGAUUAUUUGCAUUUGUUUCAGAAUUGUUUUGUUUAUUAUAUAGGUCUAGCUGUCACUAUCUUCUUUUGUGAAGAUUAGCAGGCUAGUUAGCAGAUAGCUGAUGCUUUUGAUGUAUAAGAAGAGACUGUGAAUUAAACAGGAGGCCAGACCAACAGAAACUUUCUUUUAAAGGCACCACUGGGCACACUGCCUGCUUAAGGUGUGGAGACACUGGAGGCUUUAAAGAUUUUUUAUUUUAUUUAUUUAUUUUUUGUUUGCAACAAGCCAGUCUUAUUUUUUAGAAGACAAUAAUCACAAAUAUUUGUGACAACUAAAAAGCCAAGACAUACCAGCAAAAACCCUCAUUAAGCAGCUCUAAAUGCUGCAAACACUUUCUUAAUUCAAAACUUAGCCCUUUUUUCAGGCAUUCCUCAUGGAUGCGCUGCUGUGCUUCUUGAAGGACUCCCCAGAAGUUUGUGGACCUGCUUGUACACUUUUUAGUCCAAAUCAUCCCAAUGCAGCUUGAAUGGGUGACCAGGCAGGUUUUUACACUACAGACAGAACUGUCUGAUUCUUCUCCAAACUGCAGCUUUAAAUAAGAUGUUCCAAACAUUUGAUAGGCAGUGUUCAUUUUCAAUUAAUUUAAAUCAUGCUAUAUAACACUCCAGGCAGAGUAUUUAUGGCUGGCAAGGUUUCAUUUUGGUUAAAAUGCUGCCCAAUGAGAGAGAUACAGGUAAAUAUUAAUUUCUUAAGUCAUAAUAUUGAAGAAUUGUAGACCAUACUAAAAGUUUAAGCAAUGAUCAUGAUUAAAAAAAAAAAAAACUAAUAUCAGUGCAUGCCUAAUGC